UUUCGAAAUCAGUCUCAAAGCUGAUUACAUCGCAAGAAAAAUUUGAAAAUAAAUUUUUAUUUAAAAAUACGUGGAAAAUACGAAAUGCUGCAUCACGCCAAUUUACGUGGAUCGCCCCAACAAUUUGGACAGGGUCGCCGGAUUCAAGUCGACAAUGCGGCGAAGCUGGCAAACUACUAUGAGCAGCUCAACGAGCGGCGCGACUGGUUGUUUAGCUUGGGCCUCAUCGGCAGACGUGCUCACGACCUGGCGGUGCAGACACUCGAGCUGCCCGAGUUUAAUUUGGAUCACUUUCAACAGCGUGUGAAUCGCCUCAGUUUGCAAUUGGGUUCCAGUCGGCUGGCCGCAGUGGACGCCAUUAUCGUAGAUGAAAUCCGCGAGCUGAUGAAACAUCAAAGGACUCCGUCCUCGCCACGCGUCACCAACUUCAACUUGAGCUGUCGCAAUACUUCUGAUUAUGAUCAACGUACUGUGGACUUUCAGACUGAUGACAUUUACACGGAUCAUAGAAUGUAUUCCGCACCUGUGCGAGCUCUGGAACUGAGACGUCAAACAUAUGAUGCGCAUCGCGGAAGUCCACAAGUAUAUAAUAUAGAAGAUGAUCCACGCAAUUUUGAUGAUGCCCCUCGGGUGGAGCAGAAAACUCAGUUUGUACCCUAUUGGAACAAUAACAAUUAUAAUAACGUGGACCAUUGUUGUGAGCACAACUUUGAAGAUGCUUAUAACAUAGAAGCAGAUUCGCGCAAUAUCGAAAAUAACUUUCCUAAGCCGCAGGUGCACAAUUUUAUUGACUAUUCCAGAAAUAAUCAGCACAAACAUUCAAGCCAAAACAAUGAAAACUAUGCAGACCCUAAUAAACAUUAUCGUCAACGUCCAAGCUUUAAUCAUGCUACCAAUUUUAACCGAAUGAAAAUACAACGAAAAUUACCAGAAGUCGGGAAUUUUCAAAUGAAUUUUAACGAACAGUUCAAAAAUGAUUUCCGAGGACGCAAACGCGCCGCCCAACCAAACUAUAAGCCAAAUAACCACAGCGGACCUAAGAGGCGGAAAAUGAACGAACCAAAUCAAAUAUUUCGAAUACGCGAUUUUGAGAUGCCUUACAUUAAAAACGAUACAAAACCGCUACCACAACCGGAGCACAAAUCCUACGCCAUCAAGUUCUUUCAACGUAAACACAAUUAUAUUGUAGGUGGGGAGAAGGCUGCCUGCUCAGUGUUGCCAGUUGCAAAUCCGAUAAAUCAACCACCAAACUAUAGUUUCCUUGCAGCCAAACGCUUUCGGAAACAUAUUCGCGAGGAUUGGAGUUCUAUCUAUCGAAGCAUGAGUUACCGAAAGUGGGGAAUUUGGUGGAAAGACUUUAAGUGGUGCGAAGCUGGCAUUGAUAAAGAGCUCGAACAGUUUAAGGGUAUUAACUUGAGCAAUAUCUCAUUUCUAAAUCUUAAAGUCGAUUUUGAUACGUCCUUGGCUCAAUUGUAUUUGAAGAUGAAGUCAACGAAUUAUUAUUUCACAAUGUGCGCUAUUUUCGAUAUAAUGAAUGUACGUUUCUUGGAAAAAUUAGAUAUGAAGGACACGGCCAAAUUGGAACAUAUCAUCCGUAACGUUCCGAAUCAUUUAUGGACUUACAAGAUGCGUGGCAUGGUUUAUUUGUGGUCUCGCUACAGCAAGAUACGCACAAACAGCAUUGACUCCAAUAAGUUCUUCGCCACACAGAUGCAGUGGAGCAGUCCCACAUUCCACUGGUUAGCCAAACAGGCCUACGAAGAACUCAAGACAAUAAGCCAAAUCGAAUGGCCUGAACACAACGAAACGUAUGCAUUGCUGUAGUAAACAUCAAAAAAAGCGGACAAAUUUCCGAUGGGAACAAACAUUUUUAUUUAACAACCACUGCAUAAAAUAUCAACACUUGACACAGUUUAUUCAUGGCCAAAACUAAAUUUAUUUAUUAUUUUCGCUCUGUUGGAUUGAAUCCAAAACAUUUGCGAAUAGUUUACUUUUCAAUAAAAUAAACUAUGGAAACAGC